AUGGAAAAAGAAGUACAGUGCCAAACUGAGGAAGAUAACUUAUAUGAACAAAUAAAUGUCCCUGAAAAAAUAAAUGACUUAUUAGUAGAAUAUACAAAAAACAUUAUAUUACAUAAUCCUAGUAAAGGAUGUGAAAAUGAAAAGGACAGUAAAAUGAAAACAUAUGAAUGGUCAAGAGAUUAUUUUAAAAAAAAAUUAUUAGAAGAUAAUACAACAAAUAAUAUUAUUUCUUAUAAAAAUAUACAAGUUGAUAAUAUAGAUAAUUCAUAUAAUAGUAGUUCUAUAAAGAACAAGAUAGAAAAAGAAAUGGAACGAAUAAACUUUAAAAUAUAA